AUGUGGAUAGGGGAUAGAUUCGUGGACACCACCAUAUUUAAAUCUAAAAUGGAAGCUUUUGGCAACAUUUAUCCUCUGUGUGGUAUAUUUAUUCACUGUUUCGAACUUUACCUCAUUGUUUGGAAAACUCCGAAGUUCGUUCAGUCGAAGAUCCCUCAGGCCAUCAGAGCGGUUUGCUUUUUUUUUUCCAAAAUAGGGAAUGAGACAUUUUCGACUUUCUCAUUUGAACUUUGAUUUUGUUAGGUGUACAAGUUCUAAUGCAGGUUCUUGCGAUUCCUGUCGAUUUCAUGACUCAAGAUAGCGGAAUGGGAUUCAUAUUCAUCCAAGGAUUGGGAGACAACUGGAUGAAUGAAAAUUUGACGGUACUCAGCGAAGAAAGCUAUACCUAUAAGGGCCGGGAUCAGUUUGUACGUUUUUUUUAAAUAAAAAAACAAGACUCGAAUAAAAACGAGAAAAAUUUCUCCUUCUAAAAGGGAUGCAUAAUUUUUUACAGACAGGACUAGUCUUAUUAAGUCCAUUAGUAUUUGGCGCGAUUCUCCACGUACAGUAUGCCAAUCUUCUUUGCGUGACCCUCGAGGCAUUCAAAAUACCAUUAUGGAAAUAUCGGCUGUACGUUGGUCUCAUCUACUUUUUCUCCAUUUGUUCAGGACUUUUAUUCACAGCUCCCGUAAGUGAUCCCUUUGAUAAAUAGAAAAAUCAACUUUUCAGACCGCCAAUGAUGUACAGCUUUCAGUUCGGAUAUUCUGCUUGAUCAUUCAAUAUCUUUAUAGUAUCAUCUAUUGUAAGACGAGUUUAUUUUAUUGCUUUAAUCAAUAGUUUUACAUUUUGAGUUGGUUUAACGCUAAAGUUUUCAAUCGAGAUUUGGGAAAGCUUCAGUCCUUGGAAAGGCGUCAAUGUUUCUGAAAAUACGCGGAAAACGCAGAGGAAGAUUUUCCUGGCUAUACAGGUUCAGGUGAUGAGAAUUUCCUUAGAUCAUAAUUUUAUGAUGAGAGGGGCGCACCGUAGCGCAACAGGUUGUGUGCCUGUCUACGGUCCGAAGGGUCACAAGUUCGAUCUCCGCCACGACCCAACCAAGGGGUUUAAGAAAUGUAGUGGGAAACCACGGCUUCAUAAUCCCCAGCCGUCACACACAAGGACGGAUAUGUCUCUGGAGCCAGUCCACUGA